GAUAGAAUAUCACCCGGUGCGCGCGCUUUCUACGCCGAGACCUAGAGAGAGAAAGGAGAAAGAGAGAGAAACAAAGCACCUAAAGCAACAAAGAGAGGUGUAGAGAGAGAGAGAGAUGAGAACAUAUCAUCAAGAAAAGAAGCUAAGAGAGAUCAAGUGAUGUGGUCGUCGCCGUAGCAGCAGUACAGCUUCUCUACCAACACCGUAGUCCUUUCUCUCCUCCUCCCCCUCCCCUCCUCGUUCCGCGUGCCGCGAGAGGAUCGAACCCUAUUCCUUUGUUCUUGAAUCUCUUCCAAAUCUGUAACAGAGAGAGAGAGAGAGGGAGGAGAUCUAGUGAGUCUAGAGAGAGAGAGAGGUUCUUAAGAGGAGGAGGAAAGCUAGCUAGGAGAAUAGAAUGUUCCCUUCUUCUUCUCCUUCUCCUUCUCCUUCCUCCUCCAAGAAGCAGCAGCAGCUCAGUGGCGGCGUCGGCGUCGGCGGCGCCGCGGCGGCGGCGAGCUCGAAUGAUCGGCCGCCGUUGUGCGUCCAGGGUGACUCCGGCCUCGUCCUCACCACCGACCCCAAGCCACGCCUCCGCUGGACCGUCGAGCUCCAUGACCGCUUCGUCGACGCCGUCACCCAGCUCGGAGGCCCGGACAAGGCGACUCCAAAGACGAUCAUGAGGGUUAUGGGAGUCAAGGGACUCACACUUUACCAUCUCAAGAGCCAUCUUCAGAAAUUCAGACUUGGGAAGCAGCACAAGGAUUUCAACGACCACUCGGUUAAGGAUGCAAUGGACAUGCAACGGAAUGCAGCGUCUUCUUCGGGCAUCAUGGGAAGAAGCAUGAAUGACGUGCAUGUGAAUGAGGCACUAAGGAUGAAGAUGGAAGUUCAGAGAAGAUUCCAUGAACAAUUAGAGGUGCAAAAGCACCUUCAGAUGAGGGUUGAGGCCCAGGGGAAAUACAUGCAGACCAUCCUGGAGAAAGCAUACCAAGCCAUCUCGUCCUCAGGAGAUUGCGCCACGUGGCACGCAGGAUACAAAUCUCUAGGCAGCCAAGCUGUCCUUGACAUUGGCAGCUCCAUGAGCUUCCCUUCUCUGCAAGAUGAUCUGCAGUUAUAUGGAGGAAGCCAUCUAGAUCACCUGCAUCAGCAGCAUGAGCAGAUGGAGAUCAGGCCAUCAAUUGAUACCUUCUUGGCAUUCAAUUACAGCUCCAGUACUGGGAAGAGCCCAAUGGUGUGGCCCGGCGCCGACGACGGCGGCGGCGAGCCGGCGAAGAUCUCCGGCGAUCAUCAGCUCCAGAUGGCGGCGCCGGCGACGACGACGAUGAUGAUGGAGGCCAUCACCAUGUCAGGAGGAGACUCCAUGGGCAGUAAGGGGUUUGAGGGUCAGAUGAGCUCUAAGCUUGACAUGAGAUCACCACCUCCACAGCAAACAGUGCUACCUGUAGGAAGUGAGAGGAUGAGUAGUCCAAUUGUUGGAGCCAAGGCUAGGAACAUCUCCUAUGGGUAAACUAAUUGAUGAUGAAUUGAAGAGGUAAUUAUAUUAACUGCAUGUUUAAUUUUGUGGUGAAACCAGCAAGCAGGCUGAACUGAUCUUGCAAGAUCACUGAAUAAGCAUAUGUAACUGUCUUGUUAUUAGUUGGGAGAGUAUACAAAAGUAGUAUUGCAUUAUGCAUCGUUCAAUUAAUUAGGAUGCAUCCAUGCAUGCAAUUAAUUAAGUUCUUGAGAGAGGAGGGUGAUCUAGAUAAUUAGUCGUGCCUACAUUCUUAAUUUUGGCUUAAAGUUUGUAAAUUUUAAUUUUGUGUUGUCUUAAUUCAUCCAUGCUUGUCUGAACAUUAACGAAAGUUUUCUUAUAUAUAUGUAUUUGGAGUCGUGUCACAGUA